AUGGCCUCUAACGCAAAGCUUAUUUUUGCGCCGAAAGACGACCAAUACCUCCGAGGAAGCCUUGAUCAUGAUAACCUUAACGAAGACCCGUUCCAGCAGUUCCACGCUUGGUUCAAAGAAGCACAAAACCAUCCCAUUUCUCAGCCGGAGGGUACAACCCUCUCUACAGCAAGUCUACCAUCCGGUCGCGUCUCAGCACGAACAGUCUACCUCAAAGAGCUAGACCAUCGGGGAUUCGUCAUUUACUCCAACUGGGGCACCUCUAAAAAGUCAGAGGAUGUCGCCAGCAAUCCCAAUGCCUCGUUGACCUUCUGGUGGAAGGAGCAAGAGAGGCAGGUUAGAGUUGAAGGAGUCACCGAGAGGUUGACGGAUGCAGAAAGUCAGGUCUAUUAUGAUACUCGAAUUCGUGGGUCCAGGAUCGGCGCAUGGGCCAGUCAGCAGUCCUCUGUCCUCCCUAGCAGAGAACUGCUAGAGCAGCAGGUAAAAGAAGUUGAACAAAGAUUCGAAGGCCGAGAGAAGAUCCCCGUACCUCCCUUCUGGGGCGGCUUGAGGAUCAUUCCAACCAAGGGUAUUACCCCGCACUAG